UGACAAUUCAGUUCUGAGCAGUGGCUGAAAGUGAAAGUGAAAAUUUUUGGGUGAAAGUCAAAUAAUAACAACAUGGUGUCCAGACUGUUCCUUCUGCUUCUCCUUCUACUGCGAAUUGCAAUAUUUUCAGCUCUGGAAAUGACGGCUCCUCCCACUCAUCGGGCAGAAAUGGGAUCCAACAUCAUGAUUCCAUGCACAUUCCGGGUGGAUGAGCCUCCUGUGGAUCUCAAAUUCCUGGCAAUAAUUUGGCACUUUCAGGAUAAAGAGGUUCUGAAUUACACAAACACAAGCCUAGUGAGCACACAAAACCCCCGGCUGUCACUUAACAAGGAUACUACAGAGGAUGGAGUGGCUUCUCUCAUUAUCUCCAAUGUGACCAUAUCCGACGGGGGGCUUUACAGGUGUAGGGUGCUCUAUAGCCCCAAACAUAUGUACAAGGAGGUGAGACUGGACAUUCAAGCCCCACCACAGAUCACCAUCACCAAUAAAGUGAUUAUUAAGGAUAAGGAGAGUGUCCUGAGUGCCUCCAUUACCAGGUUCUACCCCGUGGACAUUGACAUUAAAUGGCUGAGAGAUGGGAAGAUACUGGCUGGUGUAAUUUUGCUCACUCCCCAGAGGAAUGUAGAUGGUACAUACCAAGUGAAUAACUAUAUGACCAUUGUUCCCACUGAGGAGAACAGGAACCAAAACUUCUCUAUCUGGGUCCAACAUGAGUCUCUUUCUUCUCCUCUACAGGAGGAUUUCCAACUGAUCUAUGGAGCUGCUCCUUCCAUUCACAUCACCCACCAGGUAUUCCACUUGCAUCGAGAGCAGGAGCUGGUGUGCCAGGCAUGGGGCUUUUACCCAGAAUCCAUUGUCAUGAACUGGUUCCUGAAUGGAAGUCAUGUGGAAACAGCCAAUAGGAAAACAGUUAAUAGCUCGGCUGUGGAGUCCAUCUACAGGAUCCUUCCCACGGAUCAGAACUGGGGAAUGGAGAUCUCCUGCGAGGUGGAACAUCAGACCCUGCCCAGCCCUCUGGUGGAGAAACUGCUCAUCUUGGGGAAUGAUGGGAAGGUUAAGUACAGAGCAGUGGUUCUAUCAAUAGCGAUUUUAUCUGUGAUCAUCACAUUUACCCUAAUCAGCCUUUUCCUAUGGAGGAAAUUCUCCAGCCCAAAGGCUCCUGAACUCUUGGGCCCCAUAGAAUGUUCCCUGUGUGGGGCAGAGGAGAUCCAGUACUCUCUGAAUCUGCAGAACUUCUACCCACGGGACAUUAAUAUCAAGUGGACCUACGGAGAGAGGAAUGAGAAAGUGAAUACAUCAAGUAACAAAUUCAUUAGGACUGCGGGAGAAAAGACAUUCAGUGUGCUUAGCGAGUGCCGGAUUCCCUGGCAUCAGUACACAAUGCGAGUGAUUUGGGAACACGAGACCUUGGCAGAACCUCAAUACAGAGAAGUGCGAGUAACAGAUUUGCCAUGGCAUCCAGUAAUGGAAGAGAUACUCACUCCUGAUGUGUAUGUGGGCACUGAGGCUGAAAUCCAGUGUAAUAUCUCUGGCUAUUUCCCUGAUAAACUCACUGUCACUUGGUAUAAGAAGAAGGAGAAUGGCAGAGAGAAACUGGUUAACAAUGGUGGGAGGUACCAGAUCCCAAAUAUCCAAUCCCAGUACCAACUGGAUCAGACUUUCACCUGUACGGCACGUUUGCUUUUCUCUCCAUCACUGACUGAGGAACAUGGGACACAAUUUAUCUGCAGAGUCAAACACCCCAGCCUGGGGGAGGAGAUAGAGAGACGCACAGGGACAUUAUAUGUGAGGGCUCGUCCCAAGGUGAGUAAGUUCAGAAUGGCAGGAGAAUGGGGUCUCUCCUUGGAGGCGGAGGGGUUUUUCCCUAGAGACAUUGGAUUUUCCUGGGAAGUUGUGCAGGGAAAUAAAAGGGACGUUACAAGUCUCCCAUGUGAGUUCAGCAUUAGUGAAAAUACUGAUGGGACCUAUAAAGCCACAAGUACCUGUCACUGUCUGAAGGAUCAGCUGAACUAUCUGCACACUCUGAGGGUCUCUGUCCAACAUGAAGCUCUGGGGGCCCCAGCCUGUAAGGACAUAACACAAGAUUUCCCAUGGCGCCCACAGGUGGGAGAGAUACUGGUACCAGAACUGAUAAAGCUUGAGGAAACCCAACUGACAUGUAACAUCUCCAACUACUUCCCUGAUGCUCUAACUGUCACCUGGUUUAUAAAGAACAAGGAGAGUGAGGAAUUAACUGACGUUACUCAGUAUAUGAGGUACCGACCUGACACUGUGUCCCAGUACCAACCGGAUCAGACUCUCACCUGUACAGCAAGUUUGACUUUCUCUCCAUCACUGGGCAUGGACCUUGGAGCAGAAUUUAUCUGCAGAGUCAAACACCCCAGCCUGGGAGAGGAGAUAGAGAGACGCACAGGGACAUUAGAUGUGAGGGGUGAUCCAACAAGUCUCAGCCCAUCAGUGGAACAAUGGGAGGAAAUUGACUGAGGGCAGGAGAUAAUGGAAUGGUCAGUUUGUGUCAGUGCCACUUCUGAUGGGUCUGUGGAAAACACUGAUUUAAGGAUUAAGGACAUAUUCAAGGUAUAUAUAGACAAUAAGUACUGAUACCCUAAUAAGUCUGCACUUACCUCCAUAAUAACAAUAGUUAGAGGCAUCAGGGCAGAUAAUCCAGUAUUCAGGCUCCACUAAGUCUCCACUCACCAGUAUGUGUGUCUGUGAAGCUUCUCGGCCUCUUCAUGGAAACAAUAGGAACUUGCUGGGAGGUGGGGCCAAUAGGGGCAUAAAAAGGGCCACAAAGGGAGGCUCGGAGGCCAGUCUCCGGCACAUCAGUUCUACUGUUUCACUUACUCUUCCGCCAUCAUUUACUUGGGACUGUGGAUGGACUUUUGUGGCACUUCACAACUGACUUUUUAUUCACUUACUUCCAUAGUAAAACGUGUUUGGUCUUUACAAAAUAAAGUGAAAAAUGUCAUGUGGUUACUCUCCAGUUAUUCAGAGAUAUACAUAAUUAAUUUGGGUUGACAAAAGUCCAGAGUCCAUCAAGGUAUUCUUUUGUUUCAUCCAGGGGUGUAACUAGAUAUUACCAGGCCCCAUAGCAAAUUCUUUUUCAGGCCCCAAAAAUGGCAAGAAGUUUAGCUGUUUUACUAAUAGUUAUUGAAAUUGUAUAUAAGUUAGUACCUCUUGGGGCCCUAUACCUCUUGCUUCUCUGUAGUUACACCCCUAGUUUCAUCAUUUUCAUGGCACCAGCCAUAUGGGGAUUGAAUGGCAAUCAGACUCAGCAGGUGGCAGUUAUAAAGUACAGGCACAAUACUGGCACUUUCUUACUUUCAGUACACAAUGCUCAGGCACACCCUGCCCUUCUUCAUAUUAAACUCAGUGCUCAGCUGGGGGCCCCCUUCACUAUGAAGCUUGAAAUGAUUCAGCUGGGACAACUGAGUGGGUGGCAUGGGGUAGAGAACUCAUUGGUGGGGCAGGGGGGCAUGGCAUUAAAGGAGUUAAAAGUUGGUUGGAAACAUCAUCAAGUAGAGGAGAAGCAGUGAUCCACAUUUGCUGAGAUCACUUUGCUGAGAUUUGGAGAUUCUGAACUGUUCCAAUUGGCUGAUCCAUUAGUUGGUCCAUUUCUCAGUAGGAUCUAUGGGGAAUAUAAGUGCAACUACGGGUUGAAACACCACAAAACGAACUAUAAGUGCAGUGUGGGCACCAAAAUUCAAUGAUACUAAUAUAUGUGGGGGCAGAUGGGCUGGGGUGUCCUCCAACAAUUUGACAUAUAUACACAACAAGUGGGACUAUACUCCCCGCCCAUGUGACCCCCAACUACUCAAUUAUACAUGAAUGCUUCAAAUAUGUAAAAGGCAAUAUUUAUUGUUCAACACUAUGCCAUAUCUCAAAAUAAAA